AGCGGGAUGCGGCUCUGUCGGUGCGGGGAGUGGUUGCAUGUGCCUGCUGGUAAACAAUCCUGGCCUACAUCAGUGUGGCUCUGCAGGGAAAUCCUAAACAGACCCGCUUUCUAAAGGGUUCUAGUCUCUUAUUUCAAAAUAAAGUACAUAUUUAAGGGGUAAAAAAAGAGUAUUUUAGUCAAUAUUAAACUAUGUUUCUGACUAAUUAUAAAAUUAGAAAAAAAUAAUUUCUAAAUGUGCAUCUUUGUGUCUAACCGCGCUAUUAAGCUGAAAAAAGGCUUUUAAUUUGAUAGGACAGUAAGGUAAAUGCAACUAUUUGAUUACAUUUUGGGGAGAAUUAAGUUAUAAUUUACUUAGUUUAGCUAUUCAGAGUUCUGUGACGUCACAAACUCCAAUCAGAGCAAAAUGAAUGAGUAUCUGUGUAUUUAGGGGGGGCAACUGCCCCACACACUUGCCCUCCCUAAUUUUUGAGUUCAUAUUCGUCUCAUUAUUGGUAAAGACGAAGAAUUAAUCUAUAUGAGCUUCUUUAGGCACUGCAAUAACAACAUAUUUAAUGUUUUUGUAAUAAAAUAAAAGCAAAAAUAUUAAUAAAGCUGUUAAAAAUACCAUUCCUGCCCAUAUAUAAAAUGUUUUAGCUCCACCCCUGCAUUUAGCCCCUCCUACAAGAUUGGAAUCACAGCUAAGUUUAAAAAUGGGCGGAGCUAAAGUCUGUACUUCACUUCUAAUCAAAAUAUGCUAUUUUAGGGGCUUUAAAUGUUAAAUUAUUUUUUUUCUAUUUUUUUGUUGGUUUUGGAACUAAAAAUACAAACUAAACUUUGUUUCUUAAAAAAAUAUUUUUUUACUAUACCACAUAGCUUUUAUUAUAUCUUAAACACACAGGGCCAAAAUUGGUGACUAAUUUUUUUAAACAUUUUAUCUAUGUUUUUAUUUUUAUUUGGUAGCUAAAAGUUCAGGAUGGGCGGAGCUAAAGGGUGUUAUUUUAUAUGUCUACAAACAAACUUCACCUCUACUCAAAAUAUGUAAUUUUUGGGGUCUUUUAAAGUUAUUUUAAAUGGUAUUUUUUGUUCUUUUUUGUUCGUUUUGCAAAUGAAAACCUAAACUAAACUCAGACUUAUUUUUUUUUCUUAUUUUUUUAAUACAAUGCUUGUAAGGAUUUAACUCCGGUGAAUCCACUGAGUCAAAUUUGGUCACUGAUUUUCUUUUUUUAAGCAUUUUAUUUAUGUAUUUAUUUUAUUUGGUACAAUAAAUACCCCCAAAACAGCCCUGAAAUGGACAAAACAGGUUAAAAAAUGAUAUUUGGAUGGAUUUAUUUUGGCAGCUAAAUGUAAAGAAUGUAGCUAAAGGCUGUUAUCAAAAUAUGCAAUUUUGGGGGCAAUACAUUUUUAAUUUUUUUUUUGCUUGGUUUGCAGCACAAAAAACAAACUAAAACUCUAAUUUUCUUUUUGCAGCUUUUUCUUCUUUUUUUUUAUAUAUAUAUUUUAAUUUGAUCUUUAACAACAACAGGCUGUGUUUAAUUUUAGUUCCAAAAAUGAACAAACACAACUGUGAAAGUCACUUUAAAAGUCAGGAGGAAAAAUGUGUUCUUUGUUCAUUGGUUAGCUCUAAAAAAAAUCUACAUUAUGAGUAACUUUAAUGCAUUUUAGUACAAAUAUUAAAAAUAUAUUUUGAAGAGAACAGGAGUCUGUGGGGCCUGCAGACCUUAUUGAUGUCAUAAAACCAAAGUGUGCUGAAAGUGGGUUAGUUGGUCAGAAGCUAAAUGUUUUUGAUUGACCCCCUCCCCCCAAUCUGAGCUGUUUUAAGCUCUUUUAAUGCCAUUAACGGGGGACUGGGUGAGGGUUAGCCAUUACCCAGCGUGGGCUGGAUUAGCCGUCGUCUGGCUGAACACCCGCAUGGCGCAUGCUAGCUGAUCCUGCAGGCCAGCUGCUAUUGUUGACCAACAGGUUUGUUUGUUUGCGUCUCUCCAGACUUCACCCGCGGCCUUAACCCUCCUAGUUUCCCGGCGGUUUCCCUCCGCCGCCCUCUGAGAGCGCCCGCUCCUCGUUCUCCUCCUCGCCUCCCGCCAUCGCGUCCAGCUGUGGCCCUCGCAGGGCGCGCUCGCUGGCGCUCACCUGACAGGUCCCUGGCCUCAGGACGACAGCCAGCAACAACACGUUCCCUACAUGAGGGACAAGGCCACGCAGACCCCCAGGGCCUGGGCAGAUGAGAGGAGGAGGGGCUCUCACAAACGAUCGGCCUCCUGCGGGAGCACCGAUCAGCUCAAAGAGGUCAGCGUCUCGCCGGCUUUUGUUUCGUUUUUCCUGCACGUUUGUUUCACCUUUUAUUCUUUUUUUUUUUUGCAGAUUGCCAAAUUGCGUCAGCAGCUUCAGCGCAGCAAACGCAGCAGCCGCCAUCGCAGGGACAAAGAACGCAAGUCCCCGUUCAAUGGCAGCCACACCAUCAUCCAGUCACAGACUUCGAUGCCUAAGACCAUCCUGAUCCCCAUCCCCAUAUCCAAGUCAUCCGCUCCUCGUUUCCGGAACAGCGUUGAGGGUCUCAACCAGGAGAUCGAGCGCAUAAUCAUCCGAGACACCCCCGAGAAGGAAGAGACCAUCGUUCCCCAGGACGUCCCAGAUGGACACCGCGCGCCCCCACCGGUGCCACCGCAGCGCAGCAGCAGCACUCGCAGCAUCGACACGCAGACCCCGUCGGGGGGCGGCCUGAGCAGUAACCACAGCAACUGCAGCAGCCGCCCCGACUCCAUUUCUCCCUCCUACCUCACGGUCCUCAACGACACAGCCGGAGGCAGCCCUUAUGAGGAUAAAGAGCUCAGCCCCUGCUCCCCCCUGCCAAAAUACGCCGCCUCGCCCAGACCCAACAACAGCUACACCUUUAAGAGGGAGCCUCCAGAGGGCUGUGAGAAGGUCAAAGUGAUCGAGGAGUCUCUGACCAAACCUCUGCAGGACAUCCCCCCCUUCCUGUGUCCCGACCGCAACAAGGUCAACUUCAUCCCCAACAGCGGUUCUGCCUUCUGCUUCGUCAGUAUCCUCAAGCCCUUACACCCCGGCCCGGACCUUAACUUUCGCCCGGGAGGGGUGGGCCUCCGAAGCCUGUCCCCCUCCCUCGUGCCUCUGUCCACCCAGCCCUGCCUCCUGGAGGAGCCGGAGAGCUUCUGAGUGCCCCCCCCCCUCAACGUCCGGCCUUCAAUCGACACUCCACGACAACAAAAUCGGAAAACAUCUGAGUCAACAACCCUUCUUUCUUUUCAAAAAAGAAUGCCUUCAGCAUGCCAGCGAAGCUCUCUGAUGUCCUUGUUGAAAAGCGCUUCCCACUGCCUCCUCCUCCUCCUCCUCCUCGGAUGACCGCAGCACCUCCCCACCUCCCAGCAGGUGUCUGCAGCCGCAUUUCAUCGCUUUCUUCUACCUUUAUUGCUGGUUAUGUCCCUGCUUUUUCAGGAAGAAAAAGGUGAAAGGACCUUUGAUUUCAUCGUUUAUACCAUGGCGCCUUUCCACAGACAUAUCUCUUUUUCUAUCUGUACUUAUUUCUCUUGAUAUUGAUUAUGCCUUCCAUUUAAAAAAAAAAAAAGAAAAAAAAAAACAGAAAAAGGUGGCUGCUGGUUUCCUUGGCGUCCACAAGAAUAUUGACCACGGAAGCUAAUUUUGGUGCUGUCGGAUGAAUCGUAGCAAAACUUGAAGGAUAACGUGCCUGAUAAUUUUAGACCGCUCGGUUUCCUGAACCCGUCAUAACGCCGGGAUCGUGUUUUAGCGUCGGAUCUCUGCGUUUUGACGGCCGCAGAUACGCGGAGCUAGGCGGCGGCGAGCUUGGUGAAGCUCGUUGCAGUAUCCGCUGCCCUGGUGGCGUGUAUCUGUGGGGAAACGCAGGCCAGGGCUAUGAUAUUUGCAGCCUGUUCCACUCCUCCUCUCUUACUACCCUCUCUCCAUCACACCCAGCUCUGCCUUUCCUCCCACCACGGUCACUCCAUCUCCUAUUUUUUAGUGAGUGUCGCUCCUAAUCAUGUUCUCCCGCAAACGUAGAUUUUUUUAACUCUAAAUUUUGUUUUCUAUUAACACGCGACUUCAAAAACGAGUAAAACUGCAUUUCGGGGAUCUUUAAGCAGGCAAAAGUCAAAAUAAAUAAACAAGGUGCAUGAUGGGAAAUAGUCUCCCUAUAGCUUAAAACUAUUAAAUAAUUUUUUUUCUUAAGAAUCGAAAGACAUUUAACGAACAGAAAAUACAGUAGGAGGUAGCUGUCUUUAUUGAAAAUCUAGGACAAUCCCACAUGUAACCAGCAGGGGGCACUCUAUGUUUAAUUUUCUGUUUUUUUUUUUGUUUUUUUUUACAACUGGGGUAAAAAAAAAGAAAACAAAAGUAUUAGUCACAAAAAGCUAACAAAACUGAUUAAGACAAGCCAAUAUUUUAGCUUGCGCUAGUUUUUUAAAAUUAUUUUAAGUAAAAAAUGUUUUGUUGCAGUAAUCUGUUGUUGUGGUAGCUAGUUGGAAUUUCUCGUAAUAGCUUUGAAAUUGACAUUCAUUCUUGCAGUGCAAGAUCGAUACAUGUCCAGACACAUUUUAUUCAGUGGAGGCGUAACAAAGGAAUCGACUAAAAUAAAAACGUACAUUUUGUCGUGAUUGGUGAGAUUAUUUACAAAAAAAAAUAAGACAAAAUUUCCCAUUUUACAAAUUAUUUUGUUUUUUAAAUUAACUAGGAAUUUUUUUAAUGGUUCAUUGCUUUUUGAGUUUAAUUAUUUUUUUGUUUUAGAAAGUCACGAUAGUAACUACAUAAAUUGCGAUUGAAUUCCAAAAUUAAAGCCUGAUUUAAGUGUAAAACUGUCUUUUCAAAUUAAAAGAAUAACAUGUAUGAGUGAAGUGGCUCCAAAAAAAAGGUGUUUUCACAGUUGGCGGGAAAAAAAGACAUUUAAAUUGCAUUUGAAAUAAUAGCUAAAUGGUUCAGACUAGUGCUAGGCAAUAUGGGGAAAAAAAUUGUGAAUUACGAUUAUAAAUUAUAUCAUAAUACAAUAUAUACAUAUUGAGACAUACCACAGUAAAGUACCGUAUUCUCUGGAUUAUAAAUCGCACCGGACUAUGAGUUGCAGGAAUAAACACGUCUAAUCAAGAAGAAGGAAACCAUAUAUAAGUCACUCUGGAGUAUAAGUCGCAAUAUAAUAAAUAAAAACAAAAAUAAUACUACUUUGAUGCAAAUAAGAAAAAUAUCAAAAUUUAAGAGGAAGACCAUCAGAUUCUCCUCCAUGUUUGUUUUGGACGACACUUCUUCUUCUGGCACUGUCAGAAAAAAUUACUGCACCCUCUAGUGGAUGUUAGCGGAAACAACCGCUAACGGGCAACCGCUUGCUAGUGGAAAAAUAGCAAAUAUAUGAGCCUAUUUAUGUUGAAGAAAAAAAAAAAAUCACAAAUAAGUUGCACCCUUGGCUAAACUGUGAAAAAAACAAUGAUUUAUACUCCGGAAAAUACAGUAUAUUUUCAGUUAUUCUCUGUAAAAAAAAAUUUGACAAAAUGCCAUUAUUGAUUUUUAUUUAUCAAUCAUCAUGUAACUGAAUCGUCACAAACGAGAAACAUUUUCAAGUUUCUCUUCCCAGAAAAGUUUGGCAAUAAAAAUCAACAAAUAAAAACGAUGGAAGAAAAAAGGCACGAUAGACACUUUUCUAUUGCCCACAUGAUAUGUAUCGUCAUAUCGCCCAGCGCUAGUUCAGCCUAUUUUCAAGUUGUCAUGGUGACGGUCAAAUUAAUGAAUUUAUGAGUUUGCUUCAGUUCAGUCGCAUUGCAGAUAAACGGGGGGAAGUUACAAUUUUUCCGGAAUACUGAAAACUAAAAUAUCUUACAGGAUAACAAUCACCAGCUAGGACAAACUCCAAAAAGAUUUUCUUAUUUGUUUCCUAAGUAUCCCGAUUUUUCUUAAGACAUUUUCGUUAAGUUUCAUUUGUAGUUUUUCACAGCCUCCUCCCCCGACCUGAAAACACAUCAGUCCAGCUUCGUGUUGUGCCAGACUAAAGGGGGAUGUGUGACGUCGUCCCCCCGAAGCCAUCCCAAUGUAUUCCUGUAGAUGUCAUUAUUACUCGACCGUGCCUGCUACUGUGGGAUAGGAAUGUACGGGAUUUGUAAAUAAGAGGCACAAAGACAUGCAUUUGAAUGAGUCUGCAGUGGUAAACAUGUGACCCUCCUCCGCUCAGUACUGUGAAUAAUAACUAUACGUGGCAUAUAUGUGAUCAAGGAUGUAUUUAUGUAUCAGACAGGUAGUGGGUCUUCAGAGUUUUUAACAAACAUCUUCCAUCUCAGGUUGUAGUGAGUAGGACACGAAGAGAUUUAUGGAUUUCUAAGUUGACUUACAUAUCUACAAUUCUGACCAGGAUGUAGCCUCACAGUGAAAAAAAAAUCCUGAUUUUAUCUCGUAGCAAAGUAGAAUUAGAGAAGUGUGGAUGUCUUUUGUUUAGUGACUUCAGACGACAUGAAAAGUGUGUACAAAGCUAUGGAACAUCUGAAUAUUGUUCAGGAACACUGUACAAGAACAUGUUUACUGAAGCAGGUUAACACACGAGGGUUUAUUCCUUACCUUUCUGUCUUUUAAAAAGUGUACAAACAGCAUUUUUGGAACGACGAUUCCUUUGUUUGCCUGUCCAGUUUAUUGGAAAACCAGACUGCCAAGUUCUUAUACACCCCUCUGAGUGAGAAAAAAAGGCAUAAGUGAAGUAAAUAAAGCAUCUUUGAUUGA